CUGAGUGGGGCAUAUGACAUUAAUGGGCGUAUUAAUCUGUCUACGUGAAGAAAUAGUCCCGGACCACCAUCCGCUUUUGUCUAACAGCCGACAUUAAUGGACGCACAGAUCCAGCGAAUGGCUUAUUGUUUAAAGUUCAGUUCAUUUAUGAAGAUGUUCCUUUCAGUGACGAGCAAAAUGGCAAAAUUAAAGACACCACGAUGUGCGGAUUAAUUUACUGUAGCUAUUGGUAAAUAUGAUCACGUGAGCCACUCAACCAAUCACCGAGGAUGAAGCCAGCAAAAAUACUAUGAUUGUACAGAGGGAAGGUAGCCUAUGUGCUGCAGUGUAACCUUUUAUAUGACUACGACGGGAUUAAAAAUGUCGACCAGCGGUACACUUAGCAAUUAUUAUGUGGACUCUCUGCUAGGAAAUGACGCAGAGGACGUGUAUGGAACUUGCUUUGUCCAAGGCUCGCACACCACGACCUCAAGGCCACCAGGUGUAGGAGGUAAUGCAGAUUUUUCUUCCUGCAGCUUCGCACCCAAGUCCGCAGUUUUUCCCACGUCUUGGCCCUCCGUUCACCCGCCGUCCACCGCCGUCUCAGGCAUUUUCCAUUCUUACUUGCCCCAGUCUCACCUUGCAGCAGCGGACAACAGAUACGUUCGCUCCUGGAUUGAGCCAAUCUCCAGCUCAGUUUCCUAUCCCGGUUUCCAUCCAAAUUCGCGGCACUGCGGGACGAAGCUCGAAAGCUCACCGCCGAAAAGGACAGAAUCCUCCACCUUUGAGACACCGGUUCCAGUUGUCUCUGACUAUGCUAGUGCAGCAGUAUCAGAAAGUGAAGACAAAGCAACCAAAGACCCGUCUGGCAGCGAUAUUUCGAGCAACGGCGAGGCCAAAGAAGAAAAGCAACAGCAACUUGACCCAAGCAAUCCGGCAGCAAAUUGGAUUCAUGCUCGUUCGACAAGAAAGAAACGAUGUCCAUACACAAAAUAUCAGACCCUGGAACUGGAAAAAGAAUUUCUCUAUAACAUGUACCUCACAAGAGAUCGCCGCUACGAAGUUGCUAGAAUUUUAAAUUUAACAGAACGGCAGAUAAAAAUCUGGUUCCAAAAUCGAAGAAUGAAAAUGAAAAAGAUGAACAGAGAGAGGGGCAAUAAGGAUUUACGCUAAAUCCCGGCUGACAGCACCAAAAACGAACUAUAUUGUCUUUCCUAUUCUAUAGCUACGUAGUAGGCCUAGUGCGCAGCCAUGUGUGCUAGAAUAAAAUUAAAAUUGGUGCUUGUGCAUCAAAUACUAAUGUUUUCUCAGAUAAUUGUACAUAUAUUCACGAAAACUUUAAUACACCUGCACGUAUGUUUUAUAGCUUCCAAACGAAAUAAAUUAUGAGCAUUAGUUCAAACAAACUGAACACUGUGAUCCCCAAAUUAAAUUUAACGGGCCAUUUUAGAAGGCUGAUAUCGAAACUUCUCCACCGUGCCCUCUUGUAAUCAUGAGAGCUAAUAUUUUUAAUUUAGGAAGUUUAACUACUAUAUGGGCCAAAGUGCCUAUUUAUGAGGAAAGCAUCCAUAUAAUUCUAUGGAUGCUUUCCCCAUACACACACACACGCGCGCGCGCGCACACACACACACACACACACACACAUAUAUAAUGAUUUUUAAAUUGGUAAUAAAUUCAUAAUCCAUUCAGAAUUCCCGUCUGUGACAAAAUGGCGGAAUGUAUUACAACGAGUGCCGUGUAAACAUUAGGCCAGAAUUCCGAGUACAUUUAUAUUUGAAGUUUAUGUGUCUACGCAAUGGGUUGAUAUCCCAAAUCUUUAUUUAUCAUUGUAUGGCUGCGAGGCCUGUUGAAUUCUCGUGCAUGUAAAAAAUGAACCAUGUGAGAAAUCGAUUCAGAGGCUAAAAAGUAGCUCAGUUUAUGCCUGUAUACGAUGGCCUAUAUUAAAAUUAAACUUUAAUUUGAAGUAAAAAUGAAAACGCACAGCGCGGUUGCCAUCAUUUCGGAGGCGGCUUUUUGGUGUAAUCGUUCUUGUGUUCCUUUUUGUUGGUAUAGUUCAUAUUUAUCCUUUGGAACCCAAUCAUUUAAAAUCUGAAAUACUUGGGUAAUUGAAAUGUAAUUCAUUAGUCUUUCAAAAAAGAUUAAGAGCAUGUGAUAAAAUAGCCUAUACUGAAGCAUUUAAAUGAAAAUUUCUAUCCUGUUAUAUAUGAAUGUGUAUAUAUGAAGAUGACUUACCUAUAUUACCCCUAUACUGAAUGUUAAAUACAAUUUAGACCUUGUCACAA